UACUAAUCAUUAGUACGACGUUUCCACGUUUUCCAUACGCAGUUGCUAUUUAUGGAAAAAAACUGUUUAUGAGAAAGCGCUCUUCAGAUGUUUUAACAGCAUUUAUUUAAUGGUGAUUUUUUUUGGAAGCUAAAACGAACAAAAAAGUAUGCUCCAGAUGAGGCCAUUUCGACCGUCCUUCGCUAGAUUGGGCCUUGUUCUGAUGGUAGCGCUCAUGGCUUUAUACGUCUUUUCCGGUCGCCAGAGGUCGCUGUAUUUUUCUUCUGAGGCGGGAGCUGCCCAUAUCUUUCGACCGAAUAAAUGCCUCUUGAAAUACACAAACGUACCCGUGUAUAACACCACCGUCAGUUCAACACCAAUAUAUGUUUCACCUAUGAGUUCCUCCAUGUUUCCACUGGUCAGUAGGACAAAGGACCUCCCUCCACCACCAGCAAGACUCGACAAUGGUAUACGAAUUCAGAAGACUGUUAAAAGCGUCGCUGAUGAUACUGAAGAACUGACAAAUGAAUUUGCACAAAUGGAAAAAGAGCAGAGGUUACAAAUAGACAAGCUUACACAAGUAUGUUCCACUAACGUAUUGCAAAAUGCAACAUACGCUGGUAUGGGAAGCUACAAGUAUCAUCGAUCGAGGGCUUACAACGUUGGUUACUGCAAAGUACCGAAGUGUGGCAGUACAUUUUGGAUUCGAUUGUUUACUGUCCUCGAUAAUGGAAUUAAUGUAGCAAAGAAUAUUCUAGAAAAGUCCCGUUCAUCACUUCACAACAUGCGACACAGUUUUCAUUCCAGCCUUUUGAGUAUUUUACAGUUAAAAUCCCCCACCAUUCUUUCAGCAAGAAAUCCAUAUUCUAGAUUGCAUUCGGCGUAUAUUGAUAAGCUGUACCUAUUUCUAAUGUGGAAUUACAGUUUAAAUAUACUCGGAAUAGAUAAAACAAAUACAACUGAGAGAAUUUGUCCACAGGCAGUUUCAUUUGAAGACUUUUUGCAGUGGAUACUACGAGAUGCUUCACAAGGGAAAACUCUCAACAGACACUGGGCUCCCAUCUUUUCGUUAUGUAAGCCAUGUGAUGUUGUGCCUAUUUCAAUCAUACGCCAAGAAACUUUUGCAAAGGAUGUCAAGUUCAUUUUACAGUAUUUAAAAGUCGACGAAGAUAAGUAUGAAUUCAUAAUGUCUGCUUUACAAGGAAACCGUGUGAAAACGGCAUUGCCAAGCAUUAUUGCAACUGUGUUUAACAGGGUGAAAUCACUUGUAAGAGAUAACUGCCUAAACUGGAUUUACAUAGCCAGAAGAACAUGGUCAGCCUUACAAAUUCAAGGGUUCAUAGCUAAUGAGGUCAAUUUUCCAUUUGAACAAUUUAAGAAUUUAACAGAUCCAUCUGAUGUUGUCAAAGUAUCCGAAUUUAUAAUAUCGGAAAUAUAUAAACACCCUUUAUCUAAGGACGAAAGCCAUAAUCAAAGAAAAAUGGCAUUGCAAGCAGCGUAUUCUGACGUCAGCGAGGAGACAAUUGUUGGUAUACAGCAAUUAUAUAGAGAAGAUUUCCUCCUGUUUGGUUAUUCGUUUGUUCCACCAAACAAAGAAGACAUUUAUAGCGAAUAAGCUCAACCCAAGCUUUUUCUUAUUUUCAAUUACUGUUAAAUUCGUCCUGUAUCAGACCAGCAAUUAAAUGACUAUAUACUCAAUACAAACAAUUAUGUGCUGUGUAUUUCGCUUUUUUUACUGUAUGCACUUUUUAUGUGCACACAGUUAGA